UCAUUUCAUUUCACAUUUCCGCUUCUUUCCUCAUCAAAUUAAUACUAAUAAGUAAAAGCCGCUACCACCUUUCUCUCUCUCUCUCUCUCUCUCCUUUAUUGUUUCCUCUCUUUCUGUCAACCCUCUCCAUUCCCCAUUUGCAAGGGAAGAGAGAGAGAGAGAGAGAGAGAGAGAGAGAGAGAGAGGGAGAGAGGGAGAGGUAGAGGGGAGUUGAGGGUUUCGGUGCCCAGCAUUUAGCCUCUUAAAAGAGCUCGUUUUGGGAUCUUAUUUAAUUUGGUGGAGGGUUAAUAAUUAAUGUCUCUUGUUUGAGAUGGGUUAUUUCUCCGCCCCCACUCCACCCGCCUGUUAGCUCCGAGAUCUCGUGUUUGAGGUGUCGGAUGCUGUAAUUUCUCUUUUUCAUCGUAUGAGUCAUGCAUGUAAAGGUGUCAUCUUUGGUCGUCUGAGUUGGGUUUUUUAGUGUUUUUCCAGAGAUCGGGUGCCUGUCGGUGUUGACGUUCUAUUAUUAUAUCACUCUGCUGGGCUGGGUAUAGUUUGAUAUGAGGGGAGCACUUUCCCUUGUAGUUUUUGAUCGGUGGGAGCUUCUUUAUUUUUGAUGAUUGAGGCUGAAGCGACGAGCAUUUGAAGGGAAUUUCUCAGUGGAUUAGGAAUGGAGGGAAGGAAUCAUCCUCCUUUGGUCGAUAGCUCGGCAUGCCUUUGCAGAGUAGACGCGGGCCUAAAAACGGUCGCCGGGGCCAAGAAGUACGUGCCGGGAUCCAAACUCUGUGUUCAACCGAACCUCAGAGCAUCUAUCCAUCCCUCGAGACCCAAGUCCCAACGGUCUGAUCGGAGCUGCUCCCAAUCCCCUCUCCUUCCGGGCCUCCCCGAUGACCUUGCUAUCGCCUGCGUAAUCCGCGUCCCACGAGCCGACCACUGCAAAUUACGGCUCGUCUGCAGGCGAUGGUGCCGCCUUUUGGCUGGAAACUACUUCUACGCCCUCCGAAGAACUCUAGGGAUCGCUGAGGAAUGGGUAUAUGUAAUCAAGAGAGACAAGGAUGGUCGGAUAUCCUGGGAUGCCUUUGAUCCAGUGUACCAGCUCUGGCAUCCCCUCCCCCCCUUACCAGCGGAGUACUCUGGAGCUCUUGGGUUUGGAUGCGCCGUACUUAGUGGCUGUCAUUUAUACUUAUUCGGGGGGAAAGAUCCGCACAGGGGGUCUAUGAGACGGGUCAUCUUUUACAGUGCAAGGACGAACAAAUGGCACCGCGCCCCUGAUAUGUUAAGGCGGCGGCACUUUUUCGGUUCCUGUGUGAUGAACAACUGCUUAUAUGUGGCCGGAGGAGAGAGUGAAGGCGGUCAUCGAUCUUUAAAAUCGGUGGAAGUAUAUGAUCCAAUCAAGAAUCGCUGGUCGUUCGUAUCAGAUAUGAGCACUGCAAUGGUUCCAUUCAUAGGAGUGGUCUAUGAAGGAAAGUGGUACUUAAAAGGGCUCGGUGAUCAGCGGCAGGUCCUUAAUGAGGUCUAUGAGCCUGAAACAGAUAGCUGGUGUUCGGUUUUCGACAGUAUGGUUAGUGGGUGGAGAAACCCAAGUCUGUGUUUGAACGGCCAGCUCUACACAGUGGAUUGUAGAGAUGGGUGUAAGUUGAGAAUUUACGACGCGCGUUCGCAUUCUUGGAGCGAAUUUAUUGAUAGUAAGCAGCAUUUGGGGAGUUCUCGAGCCCUAGAAGCGGCUGCUCUCGUCCCUUUUAGAGGCAAGCUAUGUAUUGUGAGGAACAACAUGAGUAUUUCUCUUGUGGAUGUUGAAACAAAAGAUUGCGCAGGGAGAGGGGAACGGCGGUGGGAGACCAUUGCGGGGACAGGGCAGAUCAAGACGUUCGUCACGAAUCUCUGGUCAAAUAUCGCAGAGCGCAAUCGGCCCAAGAGUCACAUCGUCCAUUGUCAAGUUCUUCAGGCUUAGAAAUAGAAAGCAUGAUUAAAGGGGGGAAAAAAAUUAUUGAGCAGGAGGUAGGACAAAGUUUUACUGUGGAGCUCCCUACUGAGGAGGGUGGUGUGGAUCGGUGGAUCGCAACUAACUUCAUCACGGAGCUCCCCAGAAACUAGGCAGGAUAUGUGGUAACAAGAAAUGCUUAGAUGGUGUAGAAAGUUACAUGUAGUAUAGUGUUACUUGCCUUGCCCUGAUUUUAAUGUGUAUAAUAAUGAAAUGAGCCUCAGCAAUUCCUCGAGGAACGAAAAAUGCAUUAUGAUGUUAUUUGUGUUCCUUUCUUUUCUAAUUCUGUUUUAUGUGUU